CUUGAGCAACAAUAGUGAGUCGGUGGAUAAUCCGAUAACCGCAUUGUUUGGCUUCGAUUUCGGCUUGGGACGCGAAUCGGUGCUGGGGCGGCGAUCAACUUCGCAGCGUAGUGUCGGUCGCGUACAGUGUAAAUUUGUACAAGUGGAGAUGUUCGGUGCGCCACCACAAUGCACACAGAAGCCAACCAAUGACGAGGUAUCCAACUGUCAGUCAUUUUGCUUCGAGGAAACCAAUCAAUUGCCGGUAAUUCAAGACACCCUAGCAGGCAUCACACGUGUGAAAGAGAACCCAGCGGUACCAGAAAAACAACUUAGCAAAGAAAGUUUACCUCUAUCCGAAUCGAAUGCAGACAGUGCCGAUACCGACACAGAUCCAGACACACAACCACGUUCACUGGCCACACCCAUACUGUCUGCCAACGCCACUUUUAUUGGAACGGACAAGAAAACACAAGUUGUAGAAGUUUCCAGCGAACAACGUUCCGAUCUUUCGGACUCCUCAAAAGACACAUCCAGUUCCGAUGAACGUCUCGAUAUUGAUGUAAAGACUGCAGAUGAAGCAAUCAGUGCACCAACAGGUAGUGCAACAUCCGCUGAACUGCAAAGAGCAGCAGUAGCAGCAGCCGCGGCAGCAGCGGCAGCACAAAUAGAUUGUUGGCAAAUCAAUAGCUGUUUAAUAGCUGAGACAAAUAAUGAGACAUUUGGAAUGGAGCAUCAUUGUCCACAUAGUGGCAAAUCACUGAAUAUGACCUACAUUAUACCGUUAUCGCGGUUUUUCAAAGAAUCAAGCAUACAACUGCAAUUGAGCUCCUCCGUGCCACUAUUAUGGACCAUUUGUAGCAACCGUGAGCUGACUAGGCAUCAGGGUGCUCAUCUAUUACAAUCAUCUGCGCAUCAACUUAGCGCAAACAUUGUACAACGUCAAUCAAAUGUAUCGGUUAUAUACUUCAAUAUACCAAGUCGAGGUUACUUCAUCCGAAGUUUGGCGUUACGCGCAACGACGGCGGAUUCGAAAAACCAAAAUAUUUGCCAGGAAACAGCACACGAAGCAAACACUUUACUGCAGUACAACUUUAGCAUCGUAAGAGAUUGUGAUUAGUGAUAGAAGACGGGAAUUCCUGAACAAAUA